AUGGAGCAUACGAUACAACCACCUACCUUCCCCAAUACCAACAACAACAACAACUCUACCCAAGAAGAGGAGAUUAUAAUCAUAAAGUCAUUGGAGGGUACUGAUCCCAAGGAUAUAGUUCAAUGUUCGAGACUUGCAUUCUCAGACUACUUUGUUAAUUUCAGUCAAGUGGCAGAUGACUACUUUAUCUCUAGAUGGAGAAUGGGCAUGGUAGAUUACAAGUAUAGCUUUGCAGCCUAUACAAAGAGGGAUGGGGUAAUGGUUGGGUUUGUAGUAUUGGGUAUUGAUGGUGUGAAUGCAUACAAUUGUAUCACUGGAGUGGUACCAGAGUAUAGAGGCAAAAGAUUGGUACAAUGUAUCUACCAACACGCAAUCCCUAUACUAGCAAAAGAAAAGAGUAUUGAACAAAUACAACUCGAAGUCAUAUCGAUCAAUGAAAAGGCUGUCAAAGCAUACACCUCUGUUGGUUUUCAUAUUCAUCGUCAUUUGCAAACUGUUAAAGGUGACAUUAAACCAAUCGUAUUAGAACAACUACAACAACUACAACAACAAUUGACAUUGGAUGAUGGUGCUACACAAGUUAUCAUUGACAAUGAACAAAUCAAGAGAUUAGUACAAGUAAAGUAUGGUGCAGAUAUAGAUUAUUCAGUCGUACCAGACAUGUUGUACGCACCGCAAUGGGAGGGCAAAGUAGGGUGUCUAAAGACAGACUCUGAUCAAGUUGAAUAUCGGUACCUUCAAGACAGCAAAUCAUUCCUACUUGUCAAGAAACAACUUGGUCUCAUUUCACAAUACCGAUUCGAUUCAUCAAGUGAUGCCAAGAUACUACUACAAUCUCUUUGUAUUGAUUAUUGCAACGAGACCAAUCCUACACCAUUUAAAUGUAUUACGAUUGAUUCACGCGACUCUUCAUCCACUCCAACAACCAAUGAAUUAUUUGGUCUAUUUAAUCUUCAACCUUCUUUUACUCAAUUUGAAAUGAUUAUAAAUUUAAAAUCAUAUAAUCAAUAA